AUGUCGCUCUUCUCCUUCUCCUCCCCGCUCGACAUCGACAUCGUCCUCGACAACACCGACGACCGGCCGACCGUCGACGUCAAGCUCGACAAGGGCCGCCGCGAGAAAUGCCCGCUGUACCUCGACGGCGAGACGGUCAAGGGCGCCGUGACCAUCAGGCCGAAAGACGGCAAGCGCCUGGAGCACACGGGCAUCAAAGUCCAGUUCGUGGGCACAAUCGAGAUGUUCUUCGACCGCGGCACCCACCACGAGUUCCUCUCGCUGCAGACCGAGCUGGCCGCUCCGGGAGAGCUCCAGCACCCAGUCACCCUGCCAUUCUCCUUUAAGAAUGUCGAGAAGCAAUACGAAUCAUACCAUGGCAUCAACGUCAAGCUACGAUACUUCCUCAGAGUGACCGUCUCCCGCCGCAUGGCAGACGUGGUGCGCGAGAAGGAUCUAUGGGUCUACUCCUACAGGCAGCCACCGGAGACGAACAGCGUCAUUAAGAUGGACGUUGGCAUUGAGGACUGCCUGCACAUAGAGUUCGAGUACAGCAAGAGCAAGUAUCAUCUGAAGGAUGUCAUUGUCGGCCGCAUAUACUUCCUCCUGGUCCGUCUCAAGAUCCGACACAUGGAGCUCUCCAUCAUCAGGCGGGAAACCACAGGCGUCCCUCCCAAUCAGUACAACGAGUCCGAGACAUUGGUGCGUUUCGAGAUCAUGGACGGCUCCCCUUCAAGAGGAGAGACGAUCCCGAUUCGCCUCUUCCUCGGCGGCUUCGACCUGACGCCAACGUUCCGAGACGUCAAUAAGAAGUUCAGCACCCGCUACUAUCUGUCGCUGGUUCUGAUCGACGAAGAUGCAAGGAGAUACUUCAAGCAGAGCGAAAUCGUGCUAUACCGACAAGCUCCGGAGAACAGCGCAUUCGCACAACAGCAAGCCAAGGAGAUCCAGGCCAGCUGA